AUGAAAUUAAUCCUCUCCACCUCCAACCUAAUGAUCAGCGGCGAGACCGUGAUCCGUCCCCCCACCGAAAAGUCCAACGUCGAACUGAUCAACUCCCUGCGCGCCAACAUCCACGCCGCCCAAUCCCUCAACCCCAAAGACUACACCACCUGGACCAAAUCCAGCGACCAUGCGCUCUACAUCCCCGCCACCGACUUCGCCCCCGGGCUAGCCGAAGAGCGCUCGCAAUACGACAUCACCGUCAAACUAUUCUACCUUCCGGGCAUUCCCGCCUCCCGCCGAUGCGCCCACACCCGCGAAGCCAUCGACCUCGUGCUCAAAGAACUGCACGUCGACUCGAUCGACCUCCUCAUCGUCUCCUUCCCGGGCAUUCUAUUCGACGCCGACGACGACAGCGAAGAGGAACUCUCCUCCGACAAUGGCAGCGAGGAACCAGAUGACUUUGAUAGUAUUAUCCAGACGUGGCGCACCCUCGAGGACCUGCAGGAUCAGGGGAUGAUUGCGCAGUUGGGCGUCGCGGAGUUCGGGAGCGAACGACUCGCUCGCUUUCUGCCACAUACCAAGGUGAAGCCGUCGGUGGAUCAGAUCAAUCUGAAGGAUUGUUGUGUGGUGCCUAAGUCGUUGAUUCUGUAUGCCAAGCAGGAACAUAUUCAGUUGCUGACGCAUAAUGAUUGUAAUGAUAUUUUGCCGGUGGGGACGACGCGCGAGUUACUGGGGCCUGGGGAUAAGGGCGCGGGGAUUCUGGCUUCGACGCCGGAUGCGAUUGAUGGUAUUCAGGGUGAUGUUGAGCCCCAGUGGGUGGUUAAGUAUACGGCUGUGGUGAAGGAUAGGGGCGUCGUGGAGAAUAAGGGGUAUUUUGCCCUGGCGGAUGUGGGUAGCUGUGUGAAGCCAUAG